AUGGUGAUGCCAUUAAAUUCCCAUUUGAAGGUUGAGAUUGUCUUUUCUUGCAGAAGACUUAUUGGUGUUGGUUGGGAGGAGGAGUUUAUGAAGCAAUGGAAUACUGGAGUUUAUUUCUCUCUUGAGGUUUCAGGAAAUAGCCGGGGCUUUGGAUUCUACACAAAGUGUUUCCCUUAUGGAUAUUACUUGAGAUUGUGCUGGAGCGAUGAUGUUUUUUUUUACUUUCUUGCUCUGACAAGUUUUCGCGCCUAUGUUUUACUACUUCUUUCAAGAAUGGCGAUGCAAAUGGCAAUUUUUGGAACUGAAUGGGCCAUGUCUGCUGCCCCUGAUGAUCUUCUUUGGGGUCCAGUACACAUACAUACAUACAACUAUUUGUCCUUUUUAUCCAAUAAAGCGGAACCUUUUAAUUUUUUCUUUUGUUUCUGUCUGUCCUUUCUUGUUCUCCAAAUCCCUCCGCCGUCCCCCGCCGCCGGAAAAUAUGACAACCAUCGCCGCCAUUUAAGCCCUCCCUGCAACUCCAUUUUUUCCGGCGAGCUUUCAGUUCAUAAAAAUGCAGCGGCAUUCCCUAUUCCUCGCCGUCGUCUUCCUCACCACUGCCGCCGCCGCCGCCGGCCGGAGGCUCCUCCACCAACCCCUCUUCCCGGCGGAGCCGCCGCUUUCCCCCACCGCCACCAUCUCCGACCCACCCUACCCCUCCCCCACCCCCCAACCCCGCCCCAAAUACCCUUUCUCCUCCACCCUACCCCCACCCGACACCACCCCCCAAAACCCCUUCUUCCCUUCCUUCCCCUCCCCGCCGCCGCCGGAAUCCUCCACCCCCUCCUCCUCCUCCGCCUCCUCCACUGCGUUCCCCACUUUUCCGGCCAACAUAUCCUCACUCGUUAUUCCUUCCUCCUCCUCACGCGCAUCCCACGCGCCGGUGAAACUCAUUUCCCUCAUCGUCUCCGUCUCCAUCUUCUCCACCCUCGUAUUCGCUUCCGUCCUCCUCCUCCUCCUCCGCCACCGCCGCCACCGCCACCGCCACCACCCCCUCAAAACCGACAGCCUCCGCCUCUUCCCCCCCGACGCCGCCCCCUCCGACACCGCCGCCGCCGUCGACUCCUCCAAAAAACCCCCGCCGCCGCUCUUCCCCCGCCACACCUCCUCCACUUCCACCUCCUCCGAAUUCCUCUACCUGGGAACCCUAGUCAGCUCUCGCGACGCGGCCACCGCGGCCGCCGCCCCCGACCCCCCAAAACCUCCCCCGCCGCCACCCCAUACCGCCGCCUCGGCUCGCCGGAGCUCCAGCCCCUUCCGCCAUUGCCGCGCCAGCAGUCCCAUCAAAGUCACGUGCUUCGUCACGUGACUCCCUCCCAAAAUGACGACAAAGAAGACGACGAAGAGUUCUUCUCCCCACGCGCCUCCACCGGAAACAACACCAGCCCUUACCGCACCAAAUCACCCCCCAAAACUGCCGUCUCCUCCGCCGGCGGCGGCGGCCAUAUCCGCCUAACCUCCUUAAAUUCCCCCACCUACUCCCUCUCCCCCGACAACAGCCCCUCCGUCGUCCCCAACUCCGGCAGCCCCCAAAGCCUCCUCUCAAAGUCCCCCGAUAGCUCCAUAACAUUUCCGGCGCCGAUCCCCCGGUUCAUCCCCCCACCGCCGGCCCGGGAGCCAAGGGCAUUUUCGCCAUUUUCCCCAUCCUCCACCGACGACUGCGCCACUCGCGACUGCUCCCCCCGCCCUUCCGACUUCUCAAGCGGCACCGCAGCUCCGCCGCCGCCACCUCCCCCUCCGGCCAGGUCCUGGGACAGAGCUCCAGCUCCUGGACCUCCAGAGCUAAUAUCCCCGUCCCUGAAAGCUCCCGUUAAUGGCGAGAAGGGCAAUUUGGUCAAUUCAGGUUCAAAAUCCGAAGAACUAAUAAUUAAGCCAAAGCUGAAGCCCCUCCAUUGGGAUAAAGUUCGAGCUUCUUCGGACAGAGCCAUGGUGUGGGAUCAGUUAAAAUCAAGUUCUUUUCAGGUGAAUGAGGAAAUGAUCGAAACUCUGUUCAUGGCGAAUUCAUCGGCAGCUGCUGCUGCUGCUGCCGCCGGGCGCGACUUUGGCCGGCAACACACGAUCCCAGCAAUGCCGACAACGACGAACCAAGACAACCUCGUGCUUGAUCCAAAGAAGUCCCAAAACAUUGCUAUACUAUUGAGGGCUCUAAAUGUGACUGUUGACGAAGUUUGCGAAGCACUUUUAGAAGGCAAUGCGGACAUUGUCGGGACGGAGCUCCUCGAGAAUUUGUUAAGAAUGGCGCCGACAAAAGAGGAGGAGAGGAAGCUAAAAGAAGACGAGUCGCCGUUCAAAAUUGGGACGGCCGAGGCAUUUCUCAAGUCCGUGCUCGAUAUACCUUUUGCCUUCAAAAGGGUCGACGCAAUGCUUUACAUAGCCAAUUUUGAGUCGGAAGUCGAGCACCUCAAGAGGUCGUUCGACACGCUAGAGUCGGCGUGUAGGGAACUGAAGGGCAGCCGAAUGUUUUUGAAGCUUCUAGAAGCCGUGCUCAAGACGGGGAACCGUAUGAACGUUGGCACCAACCGCGGCGACGCGCAAGCCUUCAAGCUCGACACACUUCUCAAGCUGGUUGACGUCAAGGGCGCAGAUGGGAAAACAACUCUUCUCCAUUUCGUGGUCCAGGAAAUAAUCCGCGCCGAAGGAUUCCGGCUGUCCGACGAAAAACCCGAGCAAUCUUCUCUCCAGGACGAAGUCCAGUUCCGAAAGAUCGGUCUUCAAGUGGUCUCCGGAUUGAGCGGCGAACUCACCAACGUCAAGAAAGCCGCAGCCAUGGAUGCAGACGUGCUCAGCAAUGACGUCGCAAAAUUAGCCGCCGGCAUCACCAAAGUUAACGAAGUCCUAAAACUGAGCGAAAAAGAUGGUGGCGGGAAGUUCUCCGACCACAUGAACGAGUUCUUGAAGCAGGCGGAGGCGGAGAUUGCCCGCGUUCAAGCGCAAGAGAGUAUCGCCGUCUCGACAGUGAAGGAGCUAACCGAGUAUUUCCAUAGCGACUCGGCUAAGGAAGAAGCUCAUCCAUUGCGGCUGUUCAUGGUUGUUCGAGAUUUCCUGACGGUGCUCGACCGAGUGUGCAAGGACGUUGGCAGGAUCAACGAGCGAACCAUGGUGAACUCGGGCAGGCAGAUUCAUUUCCCGCCAAACCCGAAUCUUGCUCCGGUUUUUCUCGGAUUUGGCGAGAGGCAGCAGUGGAGUUCGUCCGACGACGAAAGUCCGUUCUCGGGUUGAUCAGCCUCUGGAUUAUUAUCCGGAAAUCGUUGUUGCCGCCGCCUUGGAUUUUGUCUGACGAUGAACUGAAUAAGGUAUGUUAUCAGUUUGUGUAAAAAAAAACAUCAAAAACAUAUCCCUCCAUAUGUGACUUUACUUUAGUAGAUAUUCGUACAUUUGGGUUAAAUCUUGUAUGUAAUAAUGUAAUAUAUAUGUCCUAAUCGACCAAGUUAGAUAUGAUUAUUGUUUUAUUGGUAUUGAUUCGCGAGUGUCA